GCAGCUGCGAGGAAGCUCGCUUGUUUCAAUUAUCCAGGCCUUCGUGCUAAAUCUGAUUAGUAUUUUUAAAUUCUGCGUGGAAUACUUUUAAGUUCUGCGUAAAAAUUCUGCGAUAGAUUCUCAGAAUAUUCAAUUUAAAUACAUUCACUACAUCUCCUCUGCGCUUUAACUGUCUUUUAAAGUAAUUAACUGUAACAUAAGAAAGUAAAAAAAUAUCAGAACCAUAAGAAGUUCAGAAAUAUUACUGGGAAAUUAUAGACAUGAGUGUCAGAAUAUCUUUGUUAAUAUGGACUGUGAGUCUUAUCGUCUCUGGCAAUGGCCAGUUUCUGUACUGGGAACCUUCCGGAAACUUUACAAUAAUUUCGGACGAGAGCGCUGCGUCGGCAACGAACCCCAUUUUUGCAUCACAAUUUGACCGAACUGUGGCACUGCGCGGGCUUCCUCCCUUGCCUCAGCUAACCCUUGAGAAAGCUUCUGAAAAUGAGAUCCACAAGGACUGGGUAGAAAUAACGACAAAUAACUCGCUUAAAGAAAAAAAUCCAGAGAACGUACUGACCGACAAGAACAACUGGGACUUCGAUCGUCCAUCCCCUCUUACGUUUUCGGAAAGUUCAGAACUGGAGCUGCAAGAUGACCGGACGGAAAUAACUACCAGGAGAUCAUCGAGGCAGGUUAAUCCUGGAGGUAUUUUGUGGCGCAGUGCAAGUCUCAACCCUGCACUGCGUGCAUCCGUGGAUCCAGUCUUUAAUCCAUACGAUCCACUGAGUCCCAGGCAAGUGGUUCCAGGAGUUAACCUCAACCCCGGGGUGACGGCGUUCGACACUUCAGAUUUGGACGCAUUCACGGCCCGUAGAGUGUCAAACAGCUUCUCCUUGGGGAACAAGAUACGAUUUUCGGACACCGUCACUCAGUUGGGGACGAGCUGGAAAUCGGAAACCGGCGAAUUCGUGCCGAGUGUUGCCGGAAUUUUCUUCUUCACAUUUUCCUCGAUUUCAGAUCGAUUUACUCACUUCAGAAUCUCACUGCAACUGAACGGCGCUGAAAUAGUAAGCGCGUUUGGCGACAUCUCAGGCUACCAAAUGGCAAGCAACAGCGCGCUCGUACAGAUGCAGGCUGGCGACAAGGUCUACCUCACUCUUGAAGAAGGGCGGCUCUACGACGUCUCUUCUACAAGAGCCUACACCUCAUUUUCUGGCUUCAGAGUGUUGUAAUUCUUUUUAUUUUAAUGGAAGGUGUACGUUCUCUAUAUUUUAAUCGUGUACGGUGUCACAGUUCAUCCAUUUCGUUGAAAAAAUCGAUUGCCACGUGUGAUGGAAAGUACCACGCGAUUUACCACAGAUAAGUCUGGAUAAUUCAUAUUUCAUAUAUACUGAAAUAUGUCUGGAUAAUUUAUAUUUAUUUAUGUCGUCCUGAAAUCGCGGAAUUGCCCAUUCUAUGGAAUCGGUAGACAGUUUGCCAAAUCUGUAGAAUCAGCAUUUCGUUGCUGAUUCAGAAAAUCGGACGUUAGAGUUAGAGUUAGAGCGUAAAUCGACAGUUAGAGUUAGAAAAGGCUAAGCCAAGUUCGAUCAACUUCCUUUAUAUUUAAAUAUUAAAAAAAACUUGGCUGACUGACAUAACCGCAG